AUGGCCGAUAAAUCUCUCCAUGCUCGCGAAGACGCGGUCAGCUCAGAUGAUGACGGGCCAAUGCCAAUGCCAAUGCAACCUAGCAAGAAAAAGCACAAGAAACUUCCAUUUGAGGCUGCAUAUGUAGCCAAUUUGCCUUGCGCAGCCAUGUACGAGCGCAGCUUCAUGCAUCGAGCCACAGUCUCGCACGUAGUAGUCGCCCCAGAGACUCAGUUCAUUAUCACGGCCAGUGUCGACGGUCACGUCAAGUUCUGGAAAAAAAUGACUCGUGGUAUUGAGUUUGUCAAGCAUUAUAAGGCCCAUCUUGAAGAAGUGCAUGAUCUGGCCGUAUCAGCCGACGGUCUACGUCUCUGUAGCACAUCAGCCGACCGGAGCAUCAAAUUGUACGACGUCCUUUCCUUUGAUAUGGUCAACAUGUUGGCAGUGACAUUUACUCCAGGAAACUGUAGCUGGAUCUCAGCUAAAGGAGCCAUCGAGCCAAAAGUGGCCGUAGCAGACAGGAACAGUCCUGCCGUGAGGAUCUACACGACGGCUAAUGAGCCCUUGCACACUAUUAGCCAGCUACAUGCUGCACCAGUCACAGCACUGGCCUUUAAUCCGGUGACUAACUGUGUCAUUUCAGCUGAUCAAAAGGGUAUCAUUGAAUAUUGGGACGCUGACUCGUACAGAUUUCCGACGGACAGGAAGGUGGCCAAGUUCCGGUUCAAAGGUGAGACGAAUCUGUACGAGCUGGCCAAGAGUAAGACAUACGCUACGGCGAUUGAUGUCUCGCCUGAUGGCAAAAGCUUUGUGGUCACAGCAAAAGACAACCAAAUUCGAGUAUUCAGGUUUGACACGGGCAAGAUGCGGCGCAAAUACGACGAAAGUUUGGCCGUUUUUGAGGAUGCACAGGCCGAUGACACACUGCAUCUGGAUGCUAUUGACUUUGGCCGUCGAGCGGCUGUUGAACGAGAGCUGGCCAACUCGGAUGUCGUGUCCAACUGCAUCUUUGACGAAUCGGGGUACUUUAUUCUGUAUGCGACACUAGCAGGUAUCAAAGUGGUAAAUGUUGAGAAAAACAAGGUCGUCAAAGUGCUGGGGAAGGUUGAGAGCUCUGAUCGCUUUUUGCGUUUGAGUCUGUUCCAGGGCAAACCUAAGAUUAACACCCAGUAUGAAAAGCACCUGAAGGCAGCCUCAGGACUCAAACACGAAGCAGAAGUCAUGUCAGACUCUAACAAUGAGCGGGACAAUAUCGACCCCACGCUAUUUUGUACGUCGUUUAAGCGAAACCGCUUCUUUCUCUUUUCAUCUCGGGAGCCGGAAGACGACGAAGGUGAAGGCGCCAGCGCUGGAACUGGCCGCGAUGUUUUCAACGAAAAGCCUACACUGGAGGAGGCCCAGGUUGCCACCGAGUCUAGCACUGCUAAGGUACUUGGCGAAACGGCUAUCAUGCACACAACGAUGGGCGAUAUCACGCUCAAGUUGUUCGGCAAGGAAUGCCCCAGAACUGUGGAGAACUUCUGUACGCAUGCGCGCAACAGAUACUACGACAAUCUUAUUUUUCACCGUGUGAUCAAGAACUUUAUGGUUCAAACGGGUGACCCGCUUGGUGAUGGCACUGGUGGCGAAUCUAUCUGGGGAGGCGAGUUUGAAGACGAGUUUCACCGUAGCUUACGGCACGAUCGGCCAUUCACGCUUUCGAUGGCAAACGCGGGCCCUGGUACCAACGGCUCACAGUUCUUUAUCACGACAGUGCCUACUCCAUGGCUGGAUAAUAAACAUACUGUUUUUGGUCGUGUUGAGCACGGCAAGGACACUGUUUCUAGCAUCGAGAAUGCACGAGUGGACAAGUCGGACAAACCUCUUACGGACAUCAAGAUUGUUAACAUUGACAUCUUUUAG